AUGCAGGCGGCCGUCUCCAGCAGCGGGCUGGCGCUCAGCGCAGCCCCGGUGCAGGCGUUCAGGCCGCUGGGCCAGCGGGCCACCCGGGGCGCACGCUUCAGCCGCACAGUGCUCGGCCAAGCAGUGCAAGCCCCCACCAGGUCGGACGUGGGCAACGUCAACAAUGUAGGCCUCAAGGAUGUCCCGCUGCGCUCACUGUUCCCAGAAGACCCGGGCACGCCGCGCCCGGGCGCCCCCAAGCUCAAGGUUGCCAUCGUGGGCAGCGGGCUGGCGGGCCUGUCCACCGCCGUCGAGCUGCUGGAUCAGGGCUACGAGGUGGACAUCUACGAGUCCCGCCCCUUUGUGGGUGGCAAGGUCGCCUCCUACCGCGACCGCAACGGCAAUGAUAUCGAAAUGGGCCUCCACGUCUUCUUCGGCUGCUACUUCAAUCUGUUCCGCCUCAUGGCCAAGUGCGGCGUGCUGGAGAACCUGCUGCUCAAGGAGCACACACACACCUUCUGCAACAAGGGAGGCGACGUGCGCGAGCUCGAUUUCCGCUUCUUCCUGGGGGGCACCAAGAUAGGCGCCCCCUUCCACGGCCUCCGCGCCUUCUUCACCACGCCGCAGCUGAGCCUUACCGACAAGGUGGCCAACUCCCUGGCUCUGGGCACCUCGCCCAUCGUGCGCUCGCUGUUUGACCCCGAGGGCGGCAUGCGCGACGUGCGCGCCCUGGACGACGUCUCCUUUACGCAGUGGUUCAAGAGCCACGGCGGCUCGCAGGCGUCCAUCGACCGCAUGUGGGACCCCAUCGCCUACGCGCUGGGCUUCCUCAACUGCGACGAUAUCUCCGCCCGCUGCAUGCUGUCCAUCUUCCAGUUCUUCGCCACCAAGACCGACGCCUCGGCGCUGCGCAUGCUCAACGGCUCCCCCGCCGAGCGCCUGCUGCGCCCCAUCACCAACUACAUUGAGGCCAAGGGCGGCCGCAUCCACACGCGCUGGGGCUGCAGGGAGGUGUUGUACGAGCAGGGCGGCGACGGCGCCACGCGCGUGACGGGCCUGCGCCUGAGCAAGGCGGGGCGGGAGCAGGUGGUGGAGGCGGACGUUUAUGUGGCGGCCCUGGAUGCCUGGCGCUCCGUUCCCUUCUGGGACAAUGUGUUCCAGCUGGUGGGUGUGCCGGUCAUCACGGUACAGCUGCGGUACGAUGGCUGGGUGACGGAGAUGCAGGACCCCUCCCGCAUCAAGGACCUGGCCGGCGGCGCCCGCGGCAUCGACAACCUGCUGUACAGCAUGGAGGGCGCCACGCUCAGCGGGCGGCAGUGCGCCUACAAGGUCCUGGAGGAUGCGGAGCAGCUGGCGGCGGGCGCCGCGGCCAAGCAGCAGCAGCAGGCCGUCGCGGUAUGA